ACAACAACCACAUCCUCGAGUUCAACCACAAAAUCCGUAUCAACAGUAUCAGCAGUUUCCAGCACAAAAUCAUCUUCUUACGCAACAGUUACAGCAGCUUACGAAAGCACAUCAAGUAAUUGUGACGCACAAUUUCAAGAACGACUUACUUUAUGUGCUAGUGAUUUGAUGAGACUUGGUGUAUUCAGUCAUUCUUCAGUAAACGUCGACCAGUUGACGCUAAAUGAUCUUAGUAGACAACAACGAGAAUAUUUUAUUGAAUUAUGCAGUGCAUACAAUAAGUUCAACCAAUGUUUGGGUAGUCCGAUGCCAAAACAAGCCUGUUAUCCGAUUGAACCGUUCAAGGCUCGUUUUGCUGUUGCUGAUGCUGCACUCGAUUAUGUUUGUGGCGAAGGACAUAGUUCAAUGCUCGUCAAUUGGGAGUGUUACAUAAAAGUAGCGCAAGACGGCCGAGUUGCGGAAUGCGAAGCACAAAUUUCACAAGACACAGCAAUGGUCCAACAGUCGAUCAAUGAAUUUUCACAAGGCUCCAGCGCAUGCAGUGCUCUACAAAAGUAUAUCGAGUGUGUUCGAGAGCCAAUAGAAGAAACCUGUGACAAGGGAUCAUUCGACACUGUCGUCCAGGCACUGGAACGACCAGUACACAUCUACCUACCCUAUUGUACACUAAGUUCAACCUCGAUUUUACCAUCCUUCCUCCUUCUGCUAAUCUCAUGGACAUUCACUUCAUUCCUGUCAUGA